GCACAUAUUGAUCCUGACCUUUUACUGGCUGUUUUCCUUCCUGCCCUUCUUUUCGAGAGUUCCUUUUCAAUGGAAAUCCACCAAAUUAAGCUGCUUUUUGGCAAUUUUUCUGUAGAGGUGCAUGGGGCAAAUGCUUCUACUUGCUGUUCCUGGAGUUCUAAUUUCGACAUGUUGUCUUGGAUGUGCUUUGAAGCUCAUUUUCCCAUAUAACUGGAGUUGGACAACCUCUUUGUUGCUCGGGGGACUUCUGAGUGCUACUGAUCCUGUGGCUGUUGUUGCUCUGUUGAAAGAGCUUGGUGCAAGCAAAAAAUUGAGUACAAUAAUCGAAGGAGAAUCCCUGAUGAACGAUGGGACAGCAAUUGUGGUCUAUCAGCUAUUCUAUCGGAUGGUCCUUGGGGAGAGCUUUAGCCCGGGUGCCAUAAUCAAAUUUCUAACUCAAGUUUCGCUUGGAGCUGUAGGCAUUGGUAUUGCUUUUGGAAUUGCAUCUGUUUUGUGGCUCGGGUUCAUCUUCAAUGACACAGUGAUAGAGAUUGCGCUGACACUAGCUGUGAGCUACGUUACUUACUUCACUGCUCAAGAGGGUGCUGCUGUUUCUGGCGUUUUGGCAGUGAUGACUUUGGGAAUGUUUUAUGCUGCAGUAGCCAGGACUGCUUUCAAGGGUGAUGGCCAACAGAGCUUGCAUCAUUUUUGGGAAAUGGUUGCUUAUAUUGCAAAUACAUUGAUUUUCAUCUUAAGUGGUGUUGUUAUAGCAGAAGGUGUUCUGAGCAGUGGCAAUACUUUUCAUAGACAUGCGCAUACAUGGGGCUACCUAUUUCUUCUAUACAGUUUUGUGCUACUAUCCCGGUUCAUAGUUGUUGGAGCAUUGUAUCCAAUUUUACGAUAUUUUGGUUAUGGUUUGGAUUGGAAGGAAGCUAUCAUUGUCAUAUGGUCAGGUCUUCGAGGGGCUGUUGCAUUAUCACUUUCAUUAUCUGUUAAGCGCACUAGUGACAGCUCAGUUUAUCUCAGUUCUGAUACAGGAACCUUGUUUGUUUUCUUCACUGGUGGAAUCGUAUUUCUGACGCUUAUUGUGAAUGGGUCAACUACACAGUUUAUUUUACAUCUUCUAGGUAUGGAUAAGCUAUCAGCUACCAAGGAAACGAAAUGGCUGCUGUCAAAUCAAAAGCUUGCAUUUGAGAGGAAAAUGCUGCAAAUCAUGUGUUUGUACAACUUGUUGAUUGUCCUUAUCAAGGAUUCUACCUUUGGAAAUACACAUAAAAACAGCUGCUUCAUCUACCAAGUCUUGGAUUUGGGCAAAAAAGACACGGUCUUCAGAUUUAGAUUCCCUAGACAACUUGUUUUGAGCUCGUGCAUCGAUCUUCCUUGAUUGACGAGGACUUGCCCUCAAGUCCAAAUCUUCGCGAUCCUCAUGAUAUGGAGAGAUAUUAGCAACACUGGAGGUGGUGAAACUUCACAACAAGAAGUUUCUUCUAAAAUGUUGCAACCAAUAGCUUGUCCAUUCUUGUUUUGUUAUUUCAUCCAUUAUUUGCCAAUUUUGUUUUUAUCUCAUCCAUAGUUGAUUCUAUUGAUGUAACCUUGACUUUGAAGAAUUGAAAUUCUUCAGGAACCAUUUCAAACUGA